UCUUUUCAGGCUAUCCGAUUACAGCUCUGGUAGCCUAUAUUUCUCUGAUGAACGUCCUGUACCGAUUUCAAGAACAAAUAUUUGAGUUUACAGACGGCAAUAAACUGAAAAAUUGCUAUCAAUGUUAUCCAAUAGCAAAAUGCCGAAACUAUCGUUCAUUUUCGGAAAGCCAAUCCCAGUCUGUCUCCGUGCUGCUUUUUAUUUUUCACCAAGCCGCGGGUGUUCGGCUUUUUCCGUAUGUAGUAGUAAUUAGAGCCGAGAGUCCUCGUUCCAGCGCGACACACUGGCACAUCAAUUUGAUAGGUCAGCGUUGUAGUAGUGUUUACUCUAUAUAUCGCGCAACCCGCAGUUAACCAAUUGUUUAAAAAUGGAUACCGCUAACCAGAUCGUGUCUGUUGGAUCAUUUGGAGUGCUAAAAUUACCCCUUGGAUUUAUACGCGUCUUGGAAUGGCUUUUUGCCAUUUUUGCCUUUGCAACAUGUGGAGGAUACUCUGGUCAGCUGCGGGUUAGUGUGGACUGCGUCAACAAGACUGACAGCAACCUUAGCAUUGGCAUCAACUUUGCCUAUCCAUUCAGGUUGCACCAGGUGUACUUCGAUGCCCCAUCGUGUCAGGGGAAGAGGCAUGAGCGGCUCUUCCUGAUAGGCGACUACUCUUCUUCGGCCGAAUUCUUUGUCACCAUCGCAGUCUUCGCCUUUCUAUAUUCCCUUCUGGCCACUGUGGUCUACAUCUUCUUCCAGAAUAAGUACCGUGAGAACAACAGAGGGCCCCUCAUCGACUUCAUUGUGACUGUGGUCUUCUCCUUCCUGUGGCUGGUCAGUUCAUCAGCCUGGGCCAAGGGGCUGUCAGAUGUCAAGGUGGCGACGGACCCAGAUGAGGUUCAGCUACUGAUGUCUGCCUGCAAGGUCCAGUCCAAUAAAUGCAGCUCUGUGUAUGGGCCCAUCUGGUCUGGCCUCAAUACCUCUGUGGUUUUUGGCUUCUUAAACUUUGUCCUGUGGGCUGGGAAUAUCUGGUUCGUCUUCAAAGAGACAGGAUGGCACAAGUCAGGGCAAAGGUGCCCCUCCGGAACCUCUGAAAAACAGGCGGGCGGAUUCAACCAGCAGCCCUACAACCAGGGCAGCUUCGACCAAUCAGGGGGCCUGAGCGCUCAGGGUGAUCUGGGUCAGCAGUCCAGCUAUGGACAGGUGGGCGGGUACGCCCCCAGCGGACCGACCUCCUUCACUAAUCAGAUGUAGCCUUCACAUCCCGGCCAGUGCCACAUUCUAAAGGUCAUGCUUAAUGAGGGCACAGGGGCAGUAAGGGGCGGGCAUCUUGAUCCGGCUUCUCUGUGAUUGGUGGGUGGCAUUCCUAGCAGUCUUGUGACAAAAAGAUAAUUGUUCUAGAUUGUCCCAGAUCCUAGUAUGUAGAUUAUAGGUAGAGAGACAGAUUUAUACAGGCACAGCAGGUGUCAGUAUUUUACGUAUCUUUUACUUUUUAACUUUAGGUUUGCUUUUCAGUUACCUGAAUGUUGUAUUGCCUGUGGUUUCAGCUAUCUGUUAGCGGAUUCCUCUUCUGUGAUACCAUAGGUUCUGUGCCACAGACUGUCUAACUGUAAGUAUUUCUCAAAAUGGUUUGCACUCUUGUGAAAGAAAAUGUGGUCAUUUGUACACUUAUUGAAGAUGAUUAUAAUGUGUUGGUUAAGUGCAUGGAAUUGUGCUGUUUGAGUUGUUAAUAUGCCCAUUAGUGUACAUUUACAUAUUUUUUCUAUAAAAAUGAUAUGAAACUGGCAGGAUUUGAUUCACUCAAAGAUUUUAUUAAUCUUAUUUCCUUAAAUUUAUAUUUAGAUUUUUUUUUCAGAUUACCCUUAUAUAUUUUCCUAACACAUAGAUUGACUGUGAAUAGCAUGUUCUGUUAUAAUGCACUCCAACAUGAAUUAUGCCUGUAUAUGGGAUUCAAAUAUACUGUUUUAUUGAUCUUGUUAUAGUACCUUUCUGCACAAAGGAGAAUUCUGUCACUGUUUUGUGAAGAUUUUGAUGUGAGUGUCUAUAUAUUUGUAAAAGGAGCAAAUAACUGUCCUCAUUGUUUACAAAUGCUCUUAUAAAAGAUUUUAAUAAGAACAAUUGUUUUUAUGUUGCACUUAAACUGGUAUGAAAUGACAAAUACUUCCAUAAAACCCAUAGUAUAGUUAUAAUCUAGGGUACCAUGUAUAUGAACACUGGCAAAUAUUUGAAUCUCAAGAAACAGACGUCUGUAUAUAACCUACCAUUGAAUAAUCACACCCAUUUGCAUUUACACUUUACAAAUAACAAUCAUGUUUAUAUGAGCUAAAGAAAAAAAAACAGAAAAAAUACAAAAAAGUUUGUAACUGAAUGUUUUCUUAAUCGUGCAAUCCUGUUUCUUGAUCCCCAAAGCAUGUGAUUCAGGUUAUCAAGGUAACUGUAUUUGUUUAAGUGAAAUUAAUUCCAUUCUUGUAUUUGCUGUGGCCUCAGUGUUGCAUUAUAAUGUGGAAAAAGUCAGAGUCUGUUUACUUGUUGUAAUCUGUACAUGAUUACUGGAUGUGAAUGAAAUUGUAUAAGCCUCUUGAGUAACACUAAUAAAGAUGUUUCACACUCUUA